GCCUACUGUCAGAAUGGUGUUCUCCUUCAAACCGCCUGGCAUAGAUCAUCAUCAGGAAUUGUAAUAUUAGGGUGUAAAUGUAUAUAAGAUCGAUAGCAACGCCGCAUCACUCCAAGUCCAAGUCCACGUUCAACCUCAACCCCAGCUCUUUCAAUCGUCCUCCCCAUCCGCCUCCAAAUCGUCUGACAAGUCGCAUGUAUACAUCUGCAACGAUACAUCACCAGAGCCUCGUCAUCCGGGGUGAUGCCAGCAGAUUGGAAAUCCGCUUGUCCGUGGCGAACAAAGCCACAGAAGAUAGCCCUGUAGGCGGGCAUAAGCCAUUUGAUACUACUCGUCUCCGGAAUUGUCGAAAGCGUUUGAACCAUGUCCAUGAAGACUUCAAGGGCGUAAACCAAAUAGCCAUGAUACGCGUAAGUUUGCACCAAACCAAUAUACUCAAUAGCCAUUUGAACGGGCUCGUUAUGGGUAGGAUCUUCAACACCCGAGUGCUUGAGGAUAGUAUACAUCGCAUCUGCGACGUCUUUGCGGCCUAGGCGAUUAUAUGUGAAGAGCAGGGCAUUGACUCCUUCGAUGCCAAGCUCGAACCCGCUUCGUUGCACUUGGUCGUAAGCCAUACGAACAGUUGUCAGGUCGCCCUUGCGACAGUGAAAAUUCAUCAAACUGAGCAAGGUUGUACGGUUGGGUUUUAAUCCGGAAGAGCGGAGAAGAGCCGACGCUUUGCGAAUAGAUGGUUCGUGCUUGGUGCGGCCGGCAAUGUUAAGCAACGUAGUGUACGUGAUGAUGUCCGGCAUUAGAGCGUCGGAUGUGUCAGGACGGGUUCCAUCCUGAGGAGACGCGACACCGUACAUCUCCCUGGACAAACUACUUCCUGGAGGUUUUCCUGAAACCAUGUCACAGUAGACAUUGAACGCGGUCUGGUAAUCUAUUUGUCUUGCCUUGCGCCAUCCCUUUCCUGCAAAAUCUAUGAGGGCAUUCCACUCCCAAAGUUGUACUCGACCACCUGUCUGAUGGAGUAUG